AUGUCACGGGGUGACAAUGGGGGAACCAAAGUAUGGAGGAAAGGUUCCCAGGGGAAGACUUACCUGGUGUGCCAAGAUGGCUGCCUCCAGAGUGCCAGUGGAGGAUUUACCUGGUGCACCAAGAUGGGUGCCCCCAACUGCAAUCAAUUUGUCUUUCUCUUCACCUCAACUUUAUCCGCUGCAGCUGCCCAGAUCAGAUUGGCUGGAUCUGGCUCGACUCCAUGCUCUAGAAGAGUUGAAAUCUACCACGAUGGCUCCUGGGGAACAGUGUGUGAUGACGGCUGGGACAUACAGGAUGCUAAAGUUGUUUGUAGACAGUUGGGCUGUGAGCCAGCACAGAGCGCCACGCAAUCGGCCUCCUUUGGUCAAGGAACCGGAAAUAUCUGGCUCGAUGAUGUGGCCUGUUCAGGAUCAGAGUCUUCCAUAACUCAGUGUGGGCAUGGAAGGUUUGGCUCAUAUAACUGCGAACAUGAUGAGGAUGCUGGUGUCAUCUGUGAUGUGCCACUGCAACCGCCCAGCAUCUACUUGACGUCUGCUAACCAAGAGCCUGUCCAGGGUCCUGAGAGUGCAGAGGUCACCAGGGGUCACAGCUUUACCUUAACCUGCUCCAUUUCCUCCCACUAUCCUGGAGGGGUUUUCUCUCUCAUCCUCUCUGGCUCCAACAUCACCAGGACCCAGCCAGCGAUCAACAACUCAGCCUCCUUUAGUUUCCCUGAAGCUGAGUAUGAGCACCAGGGUGACUACAGCUGUGUUUAUGAAGUCACACUGUCCUCCAGGAAAUUCACUUCAGACAUGUCAGCGACGGUGAACAUCAACAUUAAAAUGCAGGUGAUUAAGCUGGUCUCCUCACUCACUGCACCGUUGCUGCUCCUGCUGCUCCUGAUGGCGGCCUGUCUGUUCCACAAGAGAAGACGUCAAGCCCCGAAGCUAGAAAACCUUGACCACACCGAAAUGACUUGCUGGAACUUUGGCUCAGUCAAUAACCUCGAGGAGGACUAUGAAGAGAUAAACACCCAUAGUUGCUGUCACAGCAAGUGCAGAAACGGAAAAUCAGGAGGUGGUGCUGCUGUGUUGCCUCCUUGUGUCAACCACCCUGAACCUGGAUGCUCUGCAAAACCUGCUUCGUCCAGGAUGUCCAAAUUCCUACCUAAGCUGUUUUUUGUUGUCUUUCUCUUCACCUCAACUUUAUCCGCUGCAGCUGCCCAGAUCAGAUUGGCUGGAUCUGGCUCGACUCGAUGCUCUGGAAGAGUUGAAAUCUACCACGAUGGCUCCUGGGGAACAGUGUGUGAUGACGACUGGGACAUACAGGAUGCUAAUGUUGUUUGUAGACAGUUGGGCUGUGGGCCAGCACAGAGCGCCACGCAAUCGGCCUCCUUUGGUCAAGGAACCGGAAAUAUCUGGCUCGAUGAUGUGGCCUGUUCAGGAUCAGAGACUUCCAUAACUCAGUGUGGGCAUGGAGGGUUUGGCUCACAUAACUGUGGACAUGGUGAGGAUGCUGGUGUCAUCUGUGAUGUCAUUCUCACAAAGCCCACCAUCUCCAUGAAUCCUGUUGGUAAAGUUACCUGGGGUCAGGACAUAAGCAUCACUUGUUCAGUAUCAACUCAGCAUCUAGGAGGAACAUUCAUCCUGCAGAAGACCACAGGAUCAUUCAGAACGACCAAGACAUCUAGUGCCAACUCUGCUACCUUCAGUAUCCCUAAUGUCAACUUUAAUAAUGAGGGAUCGUACAGGUGUCAAUAUCAGAAAAGAGUUUCAGAUCGAGACUUCAACUCCCCACAGAGUGACUCUGUCACACUCUCAGUUACAUUGGUCCUCCCAAAACCCAUCAUCUCCAUGAAUCCUGUUGGUAAAGUUACCUGGGGUCAGGACAUAAGCAUCACUUGUUCAGUCUCAACUCAGCAUCUAGGAGGAACAUUCAUCCUGCAGAAAACCACAGGAUCAUUCAGAAUGACCAAGACAUCUAGUACCAACUCUGCUACCUUCAGUAUCUCUAAUGUCAACUUUAAUAAUGAGGGAUCGUACCAGUGUCAAUAUCAGACCAGAGUUUCAGAUCGAGACUUCAACUCCCCACAGAGUGACUCUGUCACACUCUCAGUUACAUACAUUCUCCCAAAGCCCACCAUCUCCAUGAAUCCUGUUGGUAAAGUUACCUGGGGUCAGGACAUCAGCAUCACUUGUUCAAUCUCAACUCAGCAUCUAGGAGGAACAUUCAUCCUGCAGAAAACCACAGGCUCAUACAGACAAACCAGGACAUCUAGUGCCAGCUCUGCUACCUUCAGUAUCCCUAAUGUCAACUUUAAUAAUGAGGGAUCAUACCAGUGUCAAUACCAGACCAGAGUUUCAGAUCGAGAUUUCAGCUCCCCACAGAGUGACUCUGUCACACUCUUAGUUACUGUGGUCCUCCCAAAGCCCACUAUCUCCAUUAAUCCUGUUGGUAAAGUUACCUGGGGUCAGGACAUCAGCAUCACUUGCUCAAUCUCAACUCAGCAUUUAGGAGGAACAUUCAUCCUGCAGAAGACCACAGGCUCAUUCAGAAAAACUAAGACAUCUAGUGCCAACUCUGCUACCUUCAGUAUCCCUAAUGUCAACUUUAAUAAUGAGGGAUUGUACCAGUGUCAAUAUCAGACCAGAGUUUCAGGUCGAGACUUCAGCUCCCCACAGAGUGACUCUGUCACACUCUCAGUUAUUGUGCCACUGCAACCGCCCAGCAUCUACCUGACGUCUGCUAACCAAGAGCCUGUCCAGGGUCCUGAGAGUGCAGAGGUCACCAGGGGUCACAGCUUUACCUUAACCUGCUCCAUUUCCUCCCACUAUCCUGGAGGGGUUUUCUCUCUUAUCCUCUCUGGCUCCAACAUCACCAGGACCCAGCCAGUGAUCAACAACUCAGCCUCCUUUAGUUUCCCUGAAGCUGAGUAUGAGCACCAGGGUGACUACAGCUGUGUUUAUGAAGUCACACUGUCCUCCAGGAAAUUCACUUCAGACAUGUCAGCGACGGUGAACAUCAACAUUAAAAUGCAGGUGAUUAAGCUGGUCUCCUCACUCACUGCACCGUUGCUGCUCCUGCUGCUCCUGAUGGCGGCCUGUCUGUUCCACAAGAGAAGACGUCAAGCCCUGAAGCUAGAAAACCUUGACCACACCGAAAUGACUUGCUGGAACUUUGGCUCCGUCAAUAACCUCGAGGAGGACUAUGAAGAGAUAUACACCCAUGAGAGGUGCUGUCACAGCAAGAGCAGAAACGGAAAAUCAGGAGGUGGUGCUGCUGUGUUGCCUCCUUGUGUCAACCACCCUGAACCUGGAUGCUCUGCAAAACCUGCUUUGUCCAGGAUGUCCAAAUUCCUACCUAAGCUGUUUUUUGUUGGCUUUCUCUUCACCUCAACUUUAUCCGCUGCAGCUGCCCAGAUCAGAUUGGCUGGAUCUGGCUCGACUCGAUGCUCUGGAAGAGUUGAAAUCUACCACGAUGGCUCCUGGGGAACAGUGUGUGAUGACGACUGGGACAUACAGGAUGCUAAUGUUGUUUGUAGACAGUUGGGCUGUGGGCCAGCACAGAGCGCCACGCAAUCGGCCUCCUUUGGUCAAGGAACCGGAAAUAUCUGGCUCGAUGAUGUGGCCUGUUCAGGAACAGAGACUUCCAUAACUCAGUGUGGGCAUAGAGGAUUUGGCUCACAUAACUGCGGACAUAGUGAGGAUGCUGGUGUCAUCUGUGCUGCUGCUCAGAUCAGAUUGGCUGGAUCUAGCUCGACUCGAUGCUCUGGAAGAGUUGAAAUCUACCACGGUGGCUCCUGGGGAACAGUGUGUGAUGACAGCUGGGACAUACAGGAUGCUAAUGUUGUUUGUAGACAGUUGGGCUGUGGGCCAGCACAGAGCGCCACGCAAUCGGCCUCCUUUGGUCAAGGAACCGGAAAUAUCUGGCUCGAUGAUGUGGCCUGUUCAGGAUCAGAGACUUCCAUAACUCAGUGUGGGCAUGGAGGGUUUGGCUCACAUAACUGCGGACAUAGUGAGGAUGCUGGUGUCAUCUGUGAUGUCAUUCUCCCAAAGCCCACCAUCUCCAUGAAUCCUGUUGGUAAAGUUACCUGGGGUCAGGACAUAAGCAUCACUUGUUCAGUAUCAACUCAGCAUCUAGGAGGAACAUUCAUCCUGCAGAAGACCACAGGAUCAUUCAGAACGACCAAGACAUCUAGUGCCAACUCUGCUACCUUCAGUAUCCCUAAUGUCAACUUUAAUAAUGAGGGAUCGUACAGGUGUCAAUAUCAGAAAAGAGUUUCAGAUGGAGACUUCAACUCCCCACAGAGUGACUCUGUCACACUCUCAGUUACAUUGGUCCUCCCAAAACCCAUCAUCUCCAUGAAUCCUGUUGGUAACGUUACCUGGGGUCAGGACAUAAGCAUCACUUGUUCAGUAUCAACUCAGCAUCUAGGAGGAACAUUCAUCCUGCAGAAGACCACAGGAUCAUUCAGAACGACCAAGACAUCUAGUGCCAACUCUGCUACCUUCAGUAUCCCUAAUGUCAACUUUAAUAAUGAGGGAUCAUACCAGUGUCAAUAUCAGACCAGAGUUUCAGAUCGAGAUUUCAACUCCCCACAGAGUGACUCUGUCACACUCUCGGUUACUGUGGUCCUCCCAAAGCCCAUCAUCUCCAUGAAUCCUGUUGGUAACGUUACCUGGGGUCAGGACAUCAGCAUCACUUGUUCAAUCUCAACUCAGCAUUUAGGAGGAACAUUCAUCCUGCAGAAGACCACAGGCUCAUUCAGAAAAACUAAGACAUCUAGUGCCAACUCUGCUACCUUCAGUAUCCCUAAUGUCAACUUUAAUAAUGAGGGAUUGUACCAGUGUCAAUAUCAGACCAGAGUUUCAGGUCGAGACUUCAGCUCCCCACAGAGUGACUCUGUCACACUCUCGGUUAUUGUGCCACUGCAGCCGCCCAGCAUCUACCUGACGUCUGCUAACCAAGAGCCGGUCCAGGGUCUUGAGAGUGCAGAGGUCACCAGGGCUCACAGCUUUGUCUUAACCUGCUCCAUUUCCUCCCACUAUCCUGGAGGGGUUUUCUCUCUCAUCCUCUCUGGCUCCAACAUCACCAGGACCCAGCCAGCGAUCAACAACUCAGCCUCCUUUAGUUUCCCUGAAGCUGAGUAUGAGCACCAGGGUGACUACAGCUGUGUUUACGAAGUCACACUGUCCUCCAGGAAAUUCACUUCAGACAUGUCAGCGACGGUGAACAUCACCAUUAAAAUGCAAGUGAUGAAGCUGGUCUCCUCACUCACUGUACCUCCGUUGCUGCUCCUGCUGCUCCUGAUGGCCUGUCUGUUCAACAAGAGAAGACGUCAAGCCCCGAAGCUCGAAAACCUUGACCAAACCGAAAUGAGUCACCACAACAAUGGCACCGCCAAUAUCGUUGAGGACGACUAUGAAGAGAUGGACACUGUUAUGAGAUAUGAGCAAGGAAACGUGUGUGAUGAUGAUUAUGAUCAUGGUAAGAGUGAAGAUAGCGACGAUGAAGGGGGGAAUUAUUAUGUUCGCACGUGUCCUGUGGACAUUUAUUCUGCUGUAGAUGAUGAAAUGGAGGAAGAGGCAGCUGAAGAUAGCAUCUAUAUGAAUUUUGAGCAACCGCCCUGUGAUGACAAUUUGGAUAUUUAUGGAGAGCAGGAAGACAUUUAUCAAAAUUUUUACUGCUGCACCAGGUGCUGUCACAGUGAGACCAGAAACAGAAAAUCAGGAAGUGUUGUUGCUGUGUCGCCUCCUUGUGUCAACCACCCUGAACCUGGAUGCUCUGCAAAACCUGCUACGUCCAGGAUGUCCAAAUUCCUACCUAAGCUGUUUUUUGUUGUCGUUCUCUUCACCUCAACUUUAUCAGCUGCAGCCGCCCAGAUCAGAUUGGCUGGAUCUGGCUCGACUCGAUGCUCUGGAAGAGUUGAAAUCUACCACGAUGGCUCCUGGGGAACAGUGUGUGAUGACAACUGGGACAUACAGGAUGCUAAUGUUGUUUGUAGACAGUUGGGCUGUGGGCCAGCACAGAGCGCCACGCAAUCGGCCUCCUUUGGCCAAGGAACUGGAAAUAUCUGGCUCGAUGAUGUGGCCUGUUCAGGAUCAGAGACUUCCAUUAAUCAGUGUGGGCAUAGAGGGUUUGGAUCACACAACUGCAGACAUGGUGAGGAUGUUGGUGUCAUCUGUGAUGUGCACUUAAUGAAGCUGGUCUCCUCACUCACUGCACCUCCGUUGCUGCUCCUGCUGCUCCUGAUGGCCGCCUGUCUGUUCCACAAGAGAAGACGUCAAGCCCUGAAGCUAGAAAACCCCAACCAAACCGAAAUGACUCGCUGGAACUUUGGCUCCUACAAUAACCUCGAGGAGGACUAUGAAGAGAUAAACACCCAUAGUUGCUGUCACAUCAAGAGCAGAAACGGAAAAUCAGGAGGUGGUGCUGCUGUGUUGCCUCCUUGUGUCAACCACCCUGAACCUGGAUGCUCUGCAAAACCUGCUUCGUCCAGGAUGUCCAAAUUCCUACCUAAGCUGUUUUUUGUUGGCUUUCUCUUCACCUCAACUUUAUCCGCUGCAGCUGCCCAGAUCAGAUUGGCUGGAUCUGGCUCGGCUCGAUGCUCUGGAAGAGUUGAAAUCUACCACGAUGGCUCCUGGGGAACAGUGUGUGAUGACGGCUGGGACAUACAGGAUGCUAAUGUUGUUUGUAGACAGUUGGGCUGUGGGCCAGCACAGAGCGCCCCGCAAUCGGCCUCCUUUGGUCAAGGAACCGGGAAUAUCUGGCUCGAUGAUGUGUCCUGUUCAGGAACAGAGACUUCCAUAACUCAGUGUGGGCAUGGAGGGUUUGGCUCACAUAACUGCGGACAUAGUGAGGAUGCUGGUGUUACCUGUGCUGCUCUCCAAUUCAGAUUGGCUGGAUCUGGCUCGGCUCGAUGCUCUGGAAGAGUUGAAAUCUACCACGAUGGCUCCUGGGGAACAGUGUGUGAUGACGGCUGGGACAUACAGGAUGCUAAUGUUGUUUGUAGACAGUUGGGCUGUGGGCCAGCACAGAGCGCCCCGCAAUCGGCCUCCUUUGGUCAAGGAACCGGGAAUAUCUGGCUCGAUGAUGUGUCCUGUUCAGGAACAGAGACUUCCAUAACUCAGUGUGGGCAUGGAGGGUUUGGCUCACAUAACUGUGGACAUAGUGAGGAUGCUGGUGUUACCUGUGCUGCUCUCGAAUUCAGAUUGGCUGGAUCUGGCUCGACUCGAUGCUCUGGAAGAGUUGAAAUCUACCAUGAUGGCUCCUGGGGAACAGUGUGUGAUGACGGCUGGGACAUACAGGAUGCUAAUGUUGUUUGUAGACAGUUGGGCUGUGGGCCAGCACAGAGCGCCACGCAAUCGGCCUCCUUUGGCCAAGGAACUGGAAAUAUCUGGCUCGAUGAUGUGGCCUGUUCAGGAUCAGAGACUUUCAUAACUCAGUGUGGGCAUAGAGGCUUUGGCUCACAUAACUGCGGACAUAGUGAGGAUGCCGGUGUCAUCUGUGAUGUCAUUCUCCCAAAGCCCACCAUCUCCAUGAAUCCUGUUGGUAAAGUUACCUGGGGUCAGGACAUAAGCAUCACUUGUUCAGUCUCAACUCAGCAUCUAGGAGGAACAUUCAUCCUGCAGAAGACCACAGGCUCAUUCAGAACGACCAAAACAUCUAGUGCCAACUCUGCUACCUUCAGUAUCCCUAAUGUCAACUUUAAUAAUGAGGGAUCAUACCAGUGUCAAUAUCAGAAAAGAGUUUCAGAUCGAGACUUCAGCUCCCCACAGAGUGAUUCUGUCACACUCUCAGUUACUGUGGUCCUCCCAAAGCCCACCAUCUCCAUGAAUCCUGUUGGUAAAUUUACCUGGGGUCAGGACCUCAGCAUCACAUGUUCAAUCUCAACUCAGCAUUUAGGAGGAACAUUCAUCCUGCAGAAAACCACAGGCUCAUUCAGAACGACCAAAACAUCUAGUGCCAACUCUGCUACCUUCAGUAUCCCUAAUGUCAACUUUAAUAAUGAGGGAUCGUACCAGUGUCAAUAUCAGAAAAGAGUUUCAGAUCGAGACUUCAGCUCCCCACAGAGUGAUUCUGUCACACUCUCAGUUACUGUGGUCCUCCCAAAGCCCACCAUCUCCAUGAAUCCUGUUGGUAAAUUUACCUGGGGUCAGGACCUCAGCAUCACUUGUUCAAUCUCAACUCAGCAUCUAGGAGGAACAUUCACUCUGCAGAAGACCACAGGCUCAUACAGAAAAUCUAAGACAUCUAGUGCCAACUCUGCUACCUUCAGCAUCCCUAAUGUCAACUUUAAUAAUGAGGGAUCGUACCAGUGUCAAUAUCAGACCAGAGUUUCAGAUCGAGAUUUCAGCUCCCCACAGAGUGACUCUGUCACACUCUCCGUUAUUGUGGUCCUCCCAAAACCCAUCCUCUCCAUUAAUCCUGUUGGUAAAGUUACCUGGGGUCAGGACAUCAGCAUCACUUGUCAAAUCUCAACUCAGCAUUUAGGAGGAACAUUCAUCCUGCAAAAAACCACAGGCUCAUACAGACAGACCAGGACAUCUAGUACCAACUCUGCUACCAUCAGUAUCUCUAAUGUCAACUUUGACAAUGAGGGAUUGUACCAGUGUCAAUAUCUGACAAGAGUUUCAGGUCGAGAUUUCAGCUCCCCACAGAGUGAGUCCGUCACACUCUCAGUUAUUGUGGUCCUCCCAAAACCCAUCAUCUCCAUGAGUCCUGUUGGUAAAGUUACCUGGGGUCAGGACCUCAGCAUCACUUGUUCAGUCUCAACUAGGCAUUUAGGAGGAACAUUUAUCCUGCAGAAAACCACAGGCUCAUUCAGAAGGACCCAAACAUCUAGUGCCAACUCUGCUACCUUCAGUAUCUCUAAUGUCAACUUUAAUAAUGAGGGUUCGUACCAGUGUCAAUAUCAGACCAGAGUUUCAGGUCGAGACUUCAGCUCCCCACAGAGUGACUCUGUCACACUCUCAGUUAUUGUGGUCCUCCCAAAACCCAUCAUCUCCAUGAAUCCUGUUGGUAAAGUUACCUGGGGUCAGGACCUCAGCAUCACUUGUUCAGUAUCAACUCAGCAUUUAGGAGGAACAUUCAUCCUGCAGAAAACCACAGGCUCAUUCAGAAUGGCCCAAACAUCUAAUGCCAAUUCUGCUACCUUCAGUAUCCCUACUGUCAACUUUAAUAACGAGGGAUUGUACCAGUGUCAAUAUCAGACCAGAGUUUCAGGUCGAGACUUCAGCUCCCCACAGAGCGACUUUGUCACACUCUCAGUUAUUGUGGUCCUCCCAAAACCCACCAUCUCCAUGAAUCCUGUUGGUAAAGUUACCUGGGGUCAGGACAUAAGCAUCACUUGUUCAGUCUCAACUCAGCAUCUAGGAGGAACAUUCAUCCUGCAGAAGACCACAGGCUCAUUCAGAACGACCAAAACAUCUAGUGCCAACUCUGCUACCUUCAGUAUCCCUAAUGUCAACUUUAAUAAUGAGGGAUUGUACCAGUGUCAAUAUCAGACCAGAGUUUCAGGUCGAGACUUCAGCUCCCCACAGAGUGACUCUGUCACACUCUCAGUUAUUGUGGUCCUCCCAAAACCCAUCCUCUUCAUUAAUCCUGUUGGUAAAGUUACCUGGGGUCAGGACAUCAGCAUCACUUGUCAAAUCUCAACUCAGCAUUUAGGAGGAACAUUCAUCCUGCAAAAAACCACAGGCUCAUACAGACAGACCAGGACAUCUAGUGCCAACUCUGCUACCUUCAGUAUCUCUAAUGUCAACUUUGACAAUGAGGGAUUGUACCAGUGUCAAUAUCUGACAAGAGUUUCAGGUCGAGAUUUCAGCUCCCCACAGAGUGAGUCCGUCACACUCUCAGUUAUUGUGGUCCUCCCAAAACCCAUCAUCUCCAUGAGUCCUGUUGGUAAAGUUACCUGGGGUCAGGCCAUCAGCAUCACUUGUUCAAUCUCAACUCAGCAUCUAGGAGGAACAUUCAUCCUGCAGAAAACCACAGGCUCAUUCAGAAUGGCCCAAACAUCUAAUGCCAACUCUGCUACCUUGAGUAUCCCUACUGUCAACUUUAAUAACGAGGGAUUGUACCAGUGUCAAUAUCAGACCAGAGUUUCAGGUCGAGACUUCAGCUCCCCACAGAGCGACUUUGUCACACUCUCAGUUAUUGUGCCACUGCAGCCACCCAGCAUCUACCUGAUGUCUGCUAACCAAGAGCCGGUCCAGGGUCUUGAGAGUGCAGAGGUCACCAGGGGUCACAGCUUUACCUUAACCUGCUCCAUUUCCUCCCACUAUCCUGGAGGGUUUUUCUCUCUUAUCCUCUCUGGCUCCAACAUCACCAGGACCCAGCCAGUGAUCAACAACUCAGCCUCCUUUAGUUUCCCUGAAGCUGAGUAUGAGCACCAGGGUGACUACAGCUGUGUUUACGAAGUCACACUGUCCUCCAGGAAAUUCACUUCCAACAUGACGGCGAUGGUGAACAUCACCAUUAAAAUGCAGUUAAUGAUGCUGAUCUCCUCACUCACUGCACCUCCGUUGCUGCUCCUGCUGCUCCUGAUGGCCUGUCUGUUCCACAAGAGAAGACGUCAAGCCCUGACGCUAGAAAACCCCGACCAAACCGAAAUGACUUGCCACAACAAUGGCACCGUCAAUAACGUUGAGGAGGACUAUGAAAAGGUGGACACUGAUAUGAGAUAUGAGCAAGGAAACGUGUGUGAUGAUGAUUAUGAUCAUGGGAAGAGUGAAGAUAGCGACGACAAAGAACCUGAUGACAAAGAACCCGAUUACAAAGAGCCCGAUGACAAAGAACCCAAUGACAAAGGGGGCAAUUACUAUGUUGGCACAUGUCCUGAGGACAUUUAUUCUGCUAUAGAUGAUGAAAUGGAGGAAGAGGCAGCUGUUGACGAUAGCAUCUAUAUGAAUUUUGAGCAACCGCCCUGUGAUGACAAUCUGGAUAUUUAUGGAGAGCAGGAAGACAUUUAUCAAAACAUUUAGAUUUCCACUUGCCAACAACAUUACUAGUUUCCAUCUAUAUAGGAUACAACCAACAUAUUCACUGCAUGUUCAUGAGUUUGUCAAGGGGCAGAUGAUGGCAGUUAACCAAAUGCAAAGUGUUGAAUGUAAUGUUGUUGGCAUGUGGUCAGUUCUUACAUAGAACUUGCUCCAGUCACAUUGAGUUUUGUUUCUCUGCAGAUGAUAGCGAACAGUUUUUCGUUCUUUACAGUACUGUUUUUUGUUUUGUUUGCUUGUUUUUUUGUAGUGUAAAUACCGUAACUUAGGUCUGUGUUAUUAUAGGUUUUAAGUAUCUUUUUUUUUAAUGAAAAUACUGGAAAAUGUCAGAGUGUGUGUAUUUAAAACCACAUUGGAGUAAUUAGCCAGAUGUUAUUUACUAUAUACUCAUCCCAUCCAGUAUUGGACUCAGAUUUACCUUAAUGCUUUAUGUUUUUGCUAGAGAUGAUAUUUAGCUUUAGCUUGAUGCUACAGCAAUUUUUGCACCGUAGAUCUUUAGCAGUUAUUUGCAGUUUGUCUAUCUGUUUAUAUUGUACUAUUUACAUUUCUUGUAUGUGGACAUUCAUGAACUAUCUAUUCCAAUAAAGGUUCAGUG